CAAGACUGGAGAGCAGAGGGAGAAAUCGAAGAUCGAAAAGGCGGAACAGAAGGGCAAGCAUGGAAGAAAGAGGAAGAAGCGAGGCCAGCCCAAAGGGGCAGCAGCUGUUGUAAAGACGCCGGUCAUAAUUUAUUGUUUUUCUUUUUGAACAAUCCCAUAGUUUAUCACAUUUCUAUAUCACCCGGGGAAUUUCGCGCGAAUAAAGAGUAUCGGAAAGCAUAA